GAUUUUCGAGGUUCGAGUUACCGUCGUUACCGACAGUUACCGAAUAAUGUCGAAUUGUUUUAAGCUGAAUCGUUAGAAGCAGUGUUGUCAGUGUUACAAUUGAAAGUCGACAUUGUCGACAAACGGCAGCGACGAAUACACAAAAAUCUAAGAGGACCUUAUAUAUAUUCGGCGUGCUGAUACUGCUGACGCAGCUGGUGUUCUAUCAAAAUGUCAGGAAGAAAAAGUGUACUGUGGAAUCAUUUUAUUAAAACAAAAACUGGCGGCACAUGUAAAGUGUGCCUAACCGAUGUGCCAACCAGUGGCAAUACUACAAAUUUGAGAACUCACAUAAAAGGGAAGCAUCGUGAAAUUUUUUUGCAACUUCAAGACCAGAACGUCCAAAACCCGAAGUCUAUUCCGAAAAAUUCGUCUGAAAGUAGUGAAAGUGAGGUUGAAUCCGUUGAAUCAAUUAGCAUGCCAAGUACAAGUGCGUCAAACAACAUUUCUAUCAGCCGAAAAAGGACUGUCUCCAGCAUUGAGACUGGAAAUGCGACUGAUGGUUCGAUAGUUGCAUCGAUUAAACAAGUAAAACAAGCGCCUCAACCUAGAAUUGACCACGCCUUGUAUGAUAUCAAAGCAUUCGAAAAAGGAGGAUUGAAAUAUGCUCGGAUUACAAAUGCUCUGAUAUAUAUGAUCGUGAAAGAUAACAUAAGCUAAUAGAGAGAUAACA